CUACGGCCUCCAUUGGGGUCUGCUAGAGAGGGCUGAGAAGUUAACAUCUACAAACCAUUUUAGUGUAGAAUACAAAGGAAACCCUGGCUUAUUUGUUUGGAAAGUUGGACUAAUCUCACCAUGAGACCUUCCUCAAUUGACAUUCCACUUCUGGUGAUCUUCGUUGCAACAGCCGGGAGCUCUUUUGAUGGGACGCUUCUUAAAGCUCCUCAGAUCACCAGUCCUCUGGAGACAGUGGAUGCACUGGUGGAAGAGGAAGCCACCUUCCUGUGUGCAGUGGAUUCCCAUCCACCAGCUGAGAUCAUUUGGACGCGCAAUAACAUUCCUAUAAGGCCGUUUGACACACGCUACAGCACAACAGAGAAAGGGCAGAUUUUAACCAUUCUCAGUGUUGAAGACACAGACAAUGGUGUGUACUGUUGUACUGCCAACAAUGGUAUCGGGAGCCCUGUGCAAAGCUGCGGGGCUUUACAGGUCAAAAUGAAACCAAAAAUCACUCGACCACCUACUGAUGUGAAAGUGCUGCUGGGUUCAAAGGUUGUGCUACCGUGUGGUACGAUGGGAAAUCCAAAACCAGUGAUUUCAUGGAUCAAGGAUGAGGCUGCACUGAAGGACUAUCUUCGAACCUCCAUAUUGGAGUCUGGAAACUUAAGAAUCCGCAGUGUCCAAAUGGAAGAUGCAGGACAGUACCGCUGUAUGGCCAGAAACAGCCUGGGCUUGGAGUAUUCCAGAUCUGUCACAUUGGAAGUACAGGAUUUUAAUAUGACAAAUGCAACAGAAAGAGAAGGAAGUGAAACUCUGCAGGACAUCAAAGUCCCUGCCAGGAUCGUGAAGGCUCCAAUCUCGUACAAUGUCAGUUUUGGUACCGAGGUGAUUCUUCAUUGCAAAGCCACUGGUUUUCCUAUUCCCACUAUAAAGUGGCUGGAGAAUGGAAAAACAGUGCCUCAGGUAUCAAUACAGAACAGUAUUAAGAGAGAGGUAACAGAAUCCAGACUUCGCAUCUAUGUUACCAGACCUGCACUGUUCACUUGCCUAACAAGCAACAAACAUCGUGACGGAACAUCUACAGCAAAAGCCACUGCAAUGCUUAGCAUCUCAGAAUGGAGGUUGUACAAAGGUGACUCUGGCUAUUGUAGCACAUAUCGAGGUGAAGUGUGCAAAGGGCUUCUGGAAGAAGGCUCACUUGUUUUCUUCAACUCUUCUUAUGCUGACCCGGAGGAGAUGCAGGAGAUGCUGGCUCGCGGAGCCUGGGCAGAGCUGGAUCGAGUGAACUCGCUGUGCAGGCCAGCUGCGGAAUCAUUACUCUGCCGCUUUCUGUACCAGAAAUGCGAUCCCUCUGGAUCAGGGCCUGCUCCUAAGCCUGUGUGCAGAGAGCACUGUCUGGCGGUGAAAGAACUCUAUUGUUACAGAGAAUGGAUGUCCAUGGAGGACAACUUACGCAAUGGACUUUACACUGCAAGUCUGAUCCUGACCUUGCCGGACUGCAAUCGCCUUCCCAGCAUGUACCAGAACCCAGACACGUGCACAAAAAUUUCCUUUCUUGACAUGAAAAAAGAUCUCAUUACCAAAACGUGUUACAGAGACCGAGGGAGAUAUUACCAGGGGUCAGUGAAUGUCACAGUAUCUGGUAUUUCCUGUCAAAAAUGGAGUGAGCAGGCUCCCCAUUUCCAUAGACGUUUGCCAGAAAUAUUUCCAGAACUGACCAAUUCGGAAAACUACUGCCGUAACCCUGGCGGUGAGAGUGAGCGUCCUUGGUGCUACACUAUGGAUCGAUCGAUCAGAUGGGAAUUCUGCAAUGUCCGUCUAUGCACCAAUGGAACCCCAAUAAUAGGUGGGGAGACAAAGGCAGGAACAUCCAACACCCCGAUCCUUAACUCUGCAACCUACUCCAUGACUGUCAUCAUUUUCAUUAUCUCAGGCUUUGCAGUCAUCGUGUUACUGAUAUUCGCAGCUCUAAUGUGCCACCGGCAACAGAAGGAAUGGAAGAAUAGGAAAAGAGGAGCUGAAACACCGACUCUAACAGCUUUUCCUUCAGAAUUGCUGCUCGACAGACUUCAUCCCAACCCAAUGUACCAGAGAUUACCCCUACUUCUAAAUGCUAAACUGCUCGGCCUUGAAUACCCAAGGAAUAACAUUGAGUAUGUGCGAGACAUUGGAGAGGGAGCCUUCGGAAGAGUGUUCCAAGCAAGGGCUCCUCAGCUUCUGCAUUAUGAACCCUACACCAUGGUGGCAGUCAAGAUGCUGAAAGAGGAAGCCUCGCCAGACAUGCAGGCAGACUUCCAGAGAGAAGCAGCCCUAAUGGCAGAGUUUGACCACCCAAACAUUGUCAAAUUGCUAGGAGUGUGUGCUGUUGGGAAACCCAUGUGCUUGCUGUUUGAGUACAUGGCUUUUGGAGACCUGAACGAGUAUUUACGCAGACGAUCCUCUAUGAACAUCCGCACUUUGAGCCAGAUUAGUCUUGCAGGACGGAGCACUGGGUCAGACACUGACUUGUUACCCCUAAGUUGCACUGACCAGCUUAAUGUUGCCAAGCAGAUUGCAGCUGGCAUGGCCUAUCUGUCUGAACGGAAGUUUGUUCAUCGUGACCUGGCUACAAGGAACUGUUUGGUCGGGGAGAAUCUGGUGGUUAAAAUCGCUGACUUUGGACUUUCAAGGAAUAUCUACUCUGCAGACUAUUAUAAAGCAAACGAGAAUGAUGCUAUUCCAAUUCGAUGGAUGCCACCAGAGUCUAUUUUCUUCAAUCGUUAUACUACGGAAUCAGACGUGUGGGCUUAUGGGGUGAUCCUGUGGGAGAUCUUCUCCUACGGCAUGCAGCCUUACUAUGGAAUGGCUCAUGAAGAGGUAAUUUACUACGUCCGAGAUGGAAACAUUCUCACGUGCCCUGAAGUCUGUCCACUGGAGCUUUACAACCUGAUGCGUCUUUGCUGGAGUAAGAUGCCAUCUGACCGGCCAAGCUUUGCAAGCAUCCAUCGCAUUUUGGAGCGCAUCCACGAGCGUAUCACAGCUACGUAUCAAGUGUGAUGCAUCUCCUGCGCUGUCAUAACUCCACAUGAUGAGACAUCUGCCUGCCUGUCCCCCUGCAAUCAUGAUAAUGGUGGCUGGGGCACUGCCGUGUACAGGUCUGAAAUGUUGGACCGGCAGCCUUCGACACACUUGACAUGGCCCAGGGAGGCUGAGACUCUGAGGACAAGCAGUUCAGAAUGAUGGAAACCAAUAGUUAUAUCCACUUUAAGGUCUAUAUUUCAACCAAGGCUGACCUAGGAUACUCAUACAAGAUGAGACAUUGUUCUGAAGGAAAACCAUAUCCAUUGUUUAUAACCCUGGUUAGGGAAUAUGGUAGACAUUUAUUUUUUAAAUGUGUAUAUAGUGAUGUAUUAUUACUAAAAUAAUAUUUUUUAUCACUUACCUGUUUUUUUAAAAAAACAUGCUUCAUCAACAUUGAGAAAUAAGAGUGAAAUAUCUUAACGACUGUAGAGGUGUCUUUCAGCUAGAGGUCUGUAGAAAACAGUGAGCCGUUUGGACAGAGAACAGAUGGGCAGGACCUAUCCAAAUGCAAUAGUGGAGACUCAAUGAUAUGGACUUUGUCAGAUGUUUUACUUUGCUGGAUUGAAACUGCUGGAUAUAAAUUAAACAGAGAUAUUGCAAAAAAUAUUGCACAAGUAUUGCCGACAGAAUAGAUUCCCUAAAGUCAGAUUAACAAAUCUCCACUGUAUGUAUAGCAAGUUCACAGAAAACAAUGGUUUGCUUUCCGUAAAUCAGUAAAAUCCCACAGACUGUCAUCAUCACAUUAUUGAUUCCCUCUUUCAGAAGGCUGCUGAAGUUAAUCGUGUGGGUAUUUUUUUGCCAAAUAAUUUAAAUGGAUUGUGAUUGAAUGGAAAUACUUUAGGAGAGGCAGAAUUUGAGUCUGAAGCAAUGCUGGAAUUUUACUUUGCGUUCUUUUGAGUGGUCAACAGCAGUAGAAGCAGGCCCUAAGAUCUGCUAAUGAUUUUCAGAUUCCAUUCAGACUGAGUCAUAUGUCACGCAAGCCAUUCGCACACCACCAGAAGACUGGGCUCCUUCACCCUUUACAAAGAGUGGUAUUGGAGACCGGAUCCAACAUAAUGUACAUACAUAGAACACAUGCUUUAAUCUUCACCUUCUAUAAAAACUCCACUGUGCUCGAGUCAAACGGGAAAAAGUUCUUUUAGAAACUACUUUUGGAAAUAGCUGGUGAGUGGUCUUUUGAACAAUAAAGUGUUGUCAAUACAAAGACUGUCUUAUACUUCCAGUGAGACAGAGAAAGUCUGUUAUUCUUCAGCCUGUUGAAAGGUUUGCAUUGAUUGCAGCAUUCUUUAUGUUAUAGUUGUGCAGUACAAUUAACAUGAAAGUACUUUUUCACACCAAAAUGCCAAAGACAUACUGGCAAUUGUAAAUCAGCACAGCUGGAUACAGGUUGCAAUGUUCUCGAGAGAUAAUGUGGCUCUAGUCAGCUAGGUUUUCUCUUGGAAAAGUCUAAACCCAGGACUUGUCAGCGACUGAACAUUGAACAACGCCCCAUUAAUUAAAUUGGCAACUAAUUAGUUGUUAGGCAUCUUAGGGUUGAAAUUCCGUGAGCCAAAUAUUGGAAAAGUUUAAUGUUCAUUUGCACUCAAUUAUACUGGGGGAAGUGUAUCUCUUCCGGUAAAUGGGAAGCGGUACAGUCAAUCAUGGUUUGGCAUG